AUGAAGUACCUUCUUGUGUUGGUGUGCGUUCUCGUCGCCGCUGAGGCCUAUAGCAAGGCUGCCAAUCCAUUCAAGACAAAGAAGUACAAGUGUGUCGAAGUGUCCGACGAUGAGGAGAUUCAGAUUGUUCCAAAGAAGGUAAACAGUUUGCAAGUGUUCAUCGAAUAACCGACAAUAUAUUCAGAGGACCCCAGCUUCGAAGUACCCAUGGAAGGCUGAAGAGGAGAAGGUGAACCGUAAGAAUGAAAACUUCCGAUCUACCGAAAGCAUUGAAAUGCCACUUGCGAGAAAAGUAGUUAACUUUCCAAACUAUUAUUAUAAGUAUCAAGCGUUUCAGGUGAAGACCCAAAAGAUUGUUACCACCACGCUGCCAUCAGUCUCCGAUGUUCAGAGAGAUGCCAAAGGAAGACCACUGAUUCUCUCUCCAGAACAUUGCAAGCAGGUAUAGAAACAAAUUCUACCCCUUUCUGUUUUCAAUUGAAGCGCUUGACAGGUUGAGCACUACUCGAAGGUGUACGGAGUCAAGGACGUACUCGGAUGGGUUCAGAACAACUGCUCUUUCGCUAAAAUGUACGUUCCGGGAGCUACUUGCGAGGAGAUCAACAUUCUCGUUGCUUCCUGCUACAAGAAGAACUAA